GCAUUUUAAAUCAAUUCUAUUAACUGAGAAAGAAUGUGCUGUGCUGUUGUAGACUAGUAGUUUGUUAUAAUUUCAAAUGUUUAAUCCUUCAAUUAUUUGCCUUCAUUCAAUUAUCAAUUUCCUUCCUUCCUGUCAACCUUGUUUGUGUGCUCUUUGCUUUGGCCAAUCUCACGCCACCUGGACUGGGCUGGUAGAAUCCCAAAACAACAAUUCAAUUUUUUACAACCUUGCUUCCUGUUAAUAAGGAGUCAUGGUUCGUUUUUUUCGUGGUGGAGGAAAAUCUUCUUCAGCUUCUUCUGGUUCAAAGAUUACUAGAAAAGUUGCAGCCAUAUUGAGUUUAUCAGCUCUAAGCAAGAACUUGGAAAAUUUUCCAGGAACGGCGGAGCUAUAUCCAUGUGACAAUGUAGACAAAGAAUAUGAAGAGUGCAACAGCACAACUCCAACCAGUUAUGAUGCCAAACACUGUGAAAAAAUUCGCAAAAUGAAGGCAUCUUGUCUUGAACGUGCUCAAAGAUGGGAACAACAUCAAGAAGAAUAUAAGGAAUCUCUCCAGAAAAAGGCAACUGCUGCAGGUUUUGACCGUCCUAUAGAUUACUUGUGGCAUGAAAGGGAAAAGGACCCUCAAUACUGCAGAAUAUCUUAUGAGAUGUACAAGAAGUGCCUUAGCGAGAACGAGAAAGAGAAAGAAACGAUGUGUGAAUUCAUGCGCAACAAUUGUCCCCAAUUUAAAUAGGCUACUAAAUGUUGUGAUGUUGUUCACAACUACUUGAUGAAUGUCUGAACCACACUGAAAUCUAUAAAUUAUGCAUCUGAUCGGAGACUAUUGUAUCUAUGGAUGGAGUAAUUAUCCAGUUCAACCAAUGCUUCAUUUUAAGUAGUUUUGCUAGUUAAGAGUUUGGUGUGAUAUGUUAAUAUUUAUAUUAUUUGUGUGAUAUAUAUCUAAAGGUGCUGGAAUGAGCCAAAAUUUUCUUGCUCUGGCUAAGUUAGGGUGUGCAAGUGAGAGAUGUCUGCAAUUAUAUUUCAUGUCUUGUGAAAUGCUUUGUAAUUUAAAAUAUCGUGUUAUGGUUCAGCAAACAGAUAUAUGUUGCUUGCAAUAAGCUUCCGGUUA